UGUUUUUUAUUGUUUUGUUUUGAUAGUCAAACUCAGUCAAACUGUCGACUCUAUAAAACAAAUAAUUAACAAACAAUUAUAUCUGCGUUGAAAUGAAAAUAAAAAAUUGUUUAUAUUAAUUUAAAAGUGUUUGUUGACAUAAUUACAAUGGGAGAUCAAAUAAAAAUGGAAAAUAUAGAUUUGCAAGAAAUGGAAGAAGCAGAAAUAAUAGAUGUGCAUAAAGCUGCCUUGAUGGUUGUAAAAGCAAUGCAACUAGUACAUCUUAUUUUUGAAGAUGAUGAUUCAUCAAGUAAUGAUGAGGAUGAAGAAGAGAAAGAACUUCUUGCUUAUGUUGCUCAAGCUUCAUCUCGAAAUAACAGAGGAGAUUCUUUAGAAGAAUUGUUUCCUCGUUUUUCAGCUGAACAAUUUGAAAAUUAUUUUCAUAUGACUGUUGAAGCUUAUGAAACAUUAGAACGAGAAAUUGGACCAUUAUUAAGAUCAAAUGAUUGUAACACUGGAAGACCACAAACAAUUAUUAAAAAACAAAUUUUACCAUCAUUAUGGCUUUUAGCUAAAACAGAAACAUACAGUGCAGCUCAAGAACUUUUUGGAAUGUCAAAGUCUUCAUUGUCUAGAAAUUUUGAAAGACUUGUUGUAGCACUUAAUCAAAUUUCAUCACGUUUAAUAGCAUGGCCAACAAAAGAAAGACGUCAAAUAAUUAAAAAAAAAUUUGAAGAAGCAGGUGGUUUACCAAAUAACAUUGGAGCUAUUGAUGCAGUAUAUAUACCAAUAAAAGCACCAAAAAAAGACAAAGAAAUAUUUAUGACAAGAGAAAAUGGUUAUGCAUUUACUGCCCAAGGAAUAUGUGAUUCUGAUUAUAAAUUUAUUGAUGUAUUUGUUGGCUAUCCAGGAUCAUUUAAUGAUACAAUAAUAUUUAAAAAUUCACCAAUUCAUGAAGAUGUACUUGAAAAAAAAGAUGAAUUUUUUGAUGAUGGUGAAUAUAUUAUUGGUGAUGAGGCAUAUUCAAUACUUGAUUGGUGUGUUCCACGUUAUAUUGACAAUGAAUAUUUAACAACAGAAGAAAAAUAUUUUAAUGAUGCUCAUCUUGAACAAUCAAAAUUCAUAAGAAAAUCAUGGGCAGCACUUUUUGGUCGUUAUGAAAGAUUAAAGUAUCUUGAUAUGAACAGAAAUGAUUUAAUUCCUCCAACUGUUUUAGCAUGUUGUGUUUUACACAAUAUAUGCAUGGAUCAUGAAAAAAAUAAAUUUGAAUACUAUGCAAGUCGUGGUGAUGAAUCAUUAUUAUUUCCAGAUAUUGAUGAGGAUGAAGUUGUCGAACAAAAUGAUGCAGGAGUUAAAUUCAGAUGUGAAUUAAAUAAACAAAUAAUUUUAAUUGAUAAAUAAUUAUCAAAUACACAGUUUGAUAUAUAUUUUCAGACUACAUUUAUAUUUACAUUUUGUACAAAACAUUUUGUACUAUUAACUGGUAUAUUUAAAUUUUAAAAUAAGGACAAAAAAAAAAUGAAAAAAAAGAAAAAAAAAAAAAAACAUAAAUAAUCAUAA